UAGAAUUAAUCCUCAUAUUAGCAUAUCUCCUGUCCAGAAUAAAUUAUACCCGACAGCCGGCGGACUUCGCCGGACUAUUAGUCCAUCUGAAUUUCGAUGAUCUUCUUCGCCGUUGAGCUUCGUCGGAAACCUUAAUAUCUUCCAUAACUUCGAUUCACUGAGGUGGAGCCCUGACGAGGUAAUUCGAAACUGAAGACCCCCAACCGUGGGCCCCCCCUCGAGUUUUCUCUUUCACGAACAUAGAGAUGGCAUCACUACUUACCCACCCUCCAUCCAGUAUUCCAGUACCUACCGUUUCUCGUUCGCGUCACAAUCGCUUGAAGGUGUGGAAAUCCCAAAAUCUACCUGCCAUUAGCAAUUCACGACGCAUUAGUGUUCACCGUCGAUCUAUCUGCUAUGCAAAUACUUCCCCAUUUGAACCCUCUCCAAUAACAUACGCCCCAGAAAACGAAGAAACUGCCAAUAUCUUCGAGUCCAUGAAUUCUUCUCAAGAACUAGCCAAGCCUUCGACAACCAAAACCGAACCAUUCAUCGCGCAGCUCCAAUACCUCAGAAAGCCCCUAUGGCUUGUGGGGCCCGCAAUCCUCCUACUCACGGGGGUGGUCCCCACCUUAUGGCUGCCCAUCUCUUCGAUAUUCAUGGGUCCCACCAUAGCCACGCUCCUCUCUCUCACAGGCCUCGACUGCAUAUUCAACCUCGGCGCUUCCCUCUUCCUCCUCAUAGCAGAUUCCACUGCCCGUACAGCUCAGCCUUGCUGUAAUAAGCCGCCCCAUGCUUAUAAAUUCUGGAACACGCUAGCAAACGUAACGGGAUUUCUCGUUCCCCUACUGGUGCUCUUUUGUUCCCGAAGGGGCUUGCUCGAGCCUCAAUUGCCGUUUAUAUCUUUUGCGGUGCUUCUGGGGCCCUACUUUCUGCUGCUGUCUGUGCAGAUGCUGACGGAGAUGCUGACGUGGCACUGGGGGUCGCCCGUGUGGCUGGUGGCCCCCGUUGUGUACGAGGCGUACAGACUGUUGCAGCUGAUGAGGGGUCUGGGGCUUGGAGUCGAGCUGGCAGCGCCCGAUUGGAUGGUGCACACGGUGAGAGGGUUAGUGUGUGGGUGGGUGCUGGUUCUUGGUGUGCAGCUCAUGAGAAUUGCUUGGUAUGCUGGUUUUACUUCUUCUCUUGCUUCUUCUUCUGUUGAUGAUUAUUGAUCCAACGGCUGAAAAUGUUUGUUUGUUUCACCUUCUUGUAUAUAUAUAGGGUAAAUUACAACCACCCCUGAGGUAUGGUUAAAUUACAAAAAAAACCCUCAUGUUUGGGUAAUUACAAACACCCCUCAACUUUAAAUCUUCUUAAACGUCCACCCUCGCGGUUUCAAAUUUAGUGGAAUCAUCUAGAUUAUAUGGAAUAUUCUCGAUUUUGUACUCGUUUUA